UAAUGAAGAAAACUUGUGGUUAAUUCAUUUUCACGAUUAUAAUUGUGAUUUUAUUAUCAAUGAGUUCGUGGGGAAUUUCUAAUGAGGAUGAAGGAACUACUGCAACUGUUGUUCGUCGUCGUAAUCACUUGAUUGUUGGUACAAGAUCACCAGCUGAUAGAUUUUUGUGGUUGGAAUAUAUUAUUGAAUCACCACAAUUGAUGAAAAUUAUUACUAAAGAAAUAAGGAUUGACGUAGGAAAUAAUAAAAAUAUUACACAAGUCAAUGCAUAUGAUCAAACAUCAGAUGGUACCGGUGCUUAUGCCACUCUUAUUUCCGGUGGUCCAGGAUUCCAACACGUAGAAUUGAGAUUCGUUUCACAAAUUGGUGGUAAAAUUUACUUUGUUGUUGAACUUUAUGGCAAAAAUUAAUUGAAAAAAUAAUAAAUAAAAAAAUUUAUUUUAAUGAUUCGACUUUUGCCACUUGCUA